AUGGUCCCCUCCCGCCGCUUCGGCCGCCGAUUAAAAGCCCUCGCUGCCGCCAUUGCCGUCUUCUUCCUCUACCACAUCCUUUCCCUCCAAUCCGACCUCUCGAGCCGCGCCAGAAGGCCCAACCCACACAAUGCCGGCCCUCCAAACACUUUCUGUCCUCCACUCCCGGGCAUCGAGGAUGUCCUCGUCGUCAUGAAAACCGGCGUCACCGAAUCCCGCAACAAAGUCCCCAUCCACUUCUCCACAACCCUGCGCUGCAUCCCGCAUUUCGUGAUCUACUCCGACUUCGAGGAAGAAAUCCAAGGCGUCAAGAUCCACGACGCCCUCCGCACCAUGGACGCCGACGUCCGUGAUCGAGUCCCCGACUUCAACAUCUACAACCGCAUCCGCAAGCUCGGCCGCAAGGGCCUGGAGCAGGACGACUUUGCCGACGAAGCAAACUCGAACAUCGGCAAGCCCAACAACCCGGGCUGGAAGCUGGACAAAUGGAAGUUCCUGCCCAUGGCCCAGGACGCGCUGCGCUACAAGCCGGACGCGAAGUGGUUCGUCUUCAUGGAGGCCGACACGUACGUCUCGUGGCCGACUGUGCUGGCGUGGCUGGCGCGCUUCGACGCUCGCAAGCCGUACUACCUCGGCACGGAGACGCAGAUCGCGGACGUGGUCUUUGCGCACGGCGGGUCCGGGUUCGUGUUGUCGAAUCCCGCGCUGGCAGCGGCGUCGCGGGAGUAUGCGACGCGGAAAGCGGAGCUGCAUGAGUACACGGAUCAGCACUGGGCGGGGGAUUGUGUGCUGGGGAAGGUGUUGCUGGAUGCGGGGGUUCCGUUGCAUUUUUCGUGGCCGAUCUUGCAGAAUGCUAAUUUGGGGGAACUGGAUGAGUUCAAUGUUGAUUUGUAUCGGCAGCCGUGGUGUUUCCCCGCCGUUGCGUUCCAUCAUUUGAGCUCGCAGGAUAUUGAGGAUCUUUGGAAAUUUGAGCAGAGGCGAUGGCAUGAUGUGAGUGAACGCCGUAUCUGGACACGCGACGUUUCCCUGCUAAGAAAUUCGCAGAAAAAUAAACGCAUCCUACUACAUGGCGAUGUCUUCCGCGAAUAUCUGUAUCCGGAAAUCGCAUCGCAGCCGAUGAGAUCAAACUGGGAUAACUUGUCCGAAAAAGAGAAGCCGUUUGCUAGAUCUUUUGAAGAAUGUCGCAGAAAUUGCGAGGCGCAGGAGGACUGCGUGCAGUUUUCUUUCCGUGAGGGAGUCUGCUAUACUGGCGUAAAGCCCCUCCUCGGCAAUCCCCAGCCUGGUAAUGCCAGGUCCGGAUGGCUCACGAGUCGUAUCCGCCAGAUGAUGGACAAGAAGGGGCCUUGUCGGAAACCGGACUUUGGAGAAUAA